AUGUCACCCGUCACACAAGUACCGGCCGGAGUGCCUGUUUCCACUCCACCAUCCGUCACAACUGCACCGCUUGGUUCCACUACAACAAUAAGUCCGUCAUCCGAAGUAUUUAGAGUCGGAGUGCGACUUCCACCUUUUUGGCCGGAGGAACCCGAGAUUUGGUUUUCACAGGUAGAGAGUCAAUUUGACGUAGCCGGCAUCACCAAUGACUUGACAAAAUUUCAUUAUGUCGUCAGCCAGUUAGAUCGACAGUUUGCGAAGGAGGUCAGGGACAUUAUCACCAAUCCACCGGCAAGUAAUAAAUAUGCUAAGCUGAAGAGCGAACUCAUCAGUCGGCUGAGUGACACCACUGAGCGACAGAUCCAGCAACUCCUGCAUCAUGAAGAGCUGGGAGACCGUAAACCGUCUCAAUUCCUGCGUCACCUGCAGGCUCUAGCAGCUAAGCGCAUUUCGGACGACGUUUUACGCAUGAUGUGGACCAACAGGUUACCCGCUAGCAUACAAACUGUCCUCGCAGGGCAUCCAGAGGCUUCGUUGGACAUCCUCGCAGACCUUGCUGACAGGGUCCACGAUAUCGGCCCACGCUGCGCUUGUUCGUCGCACGUCGCUUCAGCAGGCACCGAGCAACCAGGUUCCAGUAAUGACGCCUUAGCAAGGGAGAUAGCUGCGCUCAGGAGAGUGGUUCGAGCCUUGAAGAUGGACCGUGAAGGAGGAAGAUCCCGCUCAAGGAAUCCUAGCCGCUCCAGAAGGCAGAGUCGUUCCAGCACCAGAUCUCAGUCCAGUUACAGGAAAUUUCCCAUCUGCUGGUACCAUUCUAGACACGGCGAGAACGCUAGCAAGUGCGUACAACCCUGCGACUACAAAAAGUCGGGAAAUGCCAUGGGCAGUCGGUAA